AUGCAAGCCGCUUUGCCUCCGCAAGGCCCUCCUCCGGCAGCAGCGAUGGCCGUUCCUGAGGUUGACCCUUCAGUCCGUCCAGCGCCGUCCCCUUGGCGGCAGCUGUUCAUGCUGGUGUGGAAGAACGUCUACGUGAAGCGGCUGUGUCGCCGCUACACCACCACGCUGCUCGAGAUUGUGUUGAUGGUGGUGCUCCUACUGGGAAUUCAGGAGAGCUCUGUGGUGCGCGAGCCGCUGAUUCGCAAGGGGGACACCAUCUUUUCGCCCAUCCACCCAACCACCUUCUGGAAUACGCAGCCCGACAUGGUGCAAGUCAACCAGGUGUUAUACGCGCCCGCUGACAACAAGUACCUGUCUCGGCUGACGCGAGAAGCCAUGAAGAUGUUGAGCGUGCCCGACGUGAUGGGAGUGCACUCGAACAAAGAACUCGUCGCGGCCAUGAUGCGGCAGAACCGGACACCCGUGCACACCGUGGGGCUGUACUAUGGCAACGUGAAUCCCGGUGACAAGGACAGCGUGCCGAUUAGCCUGCGGAUCACCUUCUUCGGCGGCAGCCUGCCUCUCGACGUGCUCGUCCACUACCCCCAGCGGAUCCUGUCUCAGCCAGAGGGACCGUCAGCGGAGGAGCGCUUCCCGGAGAUGAACACUUUGCUCCCCAUCAUGGGGACGUUGCAACAGCUGCACCUGGAAAUGCAGGCGUCCCUGCACAACCAUUCGCCACAGCUGCUGCAGCCCGUGGGUCUACAGCGCUUUCCAUACCCGAGCUACAUCGAGUACAAGGACACGCAGAACUACGCUCUGGUGCUGACCCGGUUCUGCGUCGGCAUGCUGAUCCCUUUCGCUUUCUUCGUUGCCAUGCUCAGCGAAGAGAAGGUCACGGGUAUGAAGGAGAUGCUCCGGCUGGUGGGCGUAGGAGACUGGGUGUACUGGUUCAGCCAUUACCUCAGCGCCGCCUUCGUGCACGUCAUCAUAGCAACGCUCAUGAUGCUGUUCGUGUGCGUCAAGAGGAACGAGCAAGGGCGCUCCUUCAUCCAGUACAGCGACCCCAUGCUCGUGUUCUUCAUCCUGCUCUGCUUUGGGAGCUCGUGCACUAUGCACGCCACGCUACUGUCCAUGUUCUUCAACAGUCCACACAGUGCCGUGGCUGGAGCCAUGGUGUACUGGACAUUCAGCUGCGUCAUGCCGUUCCUACUUCUGGAGAACGACGGAGGCCAGGGUUACCACUUCAUCAGACGCUGGCACAAACUCGCCACGUGCAUAUUUCCCGGCAUGAGCUUGCACUGGAGCUUCCGGGUGCUGGAGCGCUUCGAGAAGUUUGUGACUUUUGGCGCCAACUGGGGCAACUUCUACGACCGCACCGCCACUCCGGACAAUGUGACACUGGCAGAUAUCGUGUUCGUAGGCCUGGUAUGCGACUGUUUCAUCGUGCUCACGGUCUGGUACCUGGACAACGUGGCGCCCGUGGGUCCAGGAAUCGCCAAGCCCUUUUACUACCCGUUUCAGAUGAGCUACUGGGUCCCAGCUGUCGUAUCCAUUCAGCCACCGGCCAUGACGACGGCCGAGAUGCUGAACUUUCAAGAGGAUCCGAAGGGCCUGCCAUUCGCAAUAGACAUUGUGAAAGCCAGCAAAGACUACGGUGAGCUCACCGCCAUCCAAGACGUGACUCUGAGGAUCUUCGAGAACCAGGUCACGGUGCUACUCGGGCAUAACGGCGCCGGCAAGACGACGCUACUGAACAUGGUCACCGGAUUCACAAAAUGUAGCUCGGGCAACAUCAUAGUUGGCGGCUAUGACAUCACAACCAGCACAAGAGACGCCCGCGAGAGCUUUGGUUAUUGCCCUCAAAAUGUCAUACUCUUCAACGACCUCACGGUUGAGGAGCAUCUGAUCUUCUUCGCUACAGUCAAGGGCACUCCCUACAAAGACGUGCGGCUGGAAGUUGUCACCCUUCUGCACGACUUGGACCUCAUGCCGUACCGUUCAGAAGAGCCCGUCAACCUUUCCCUAGGCCUACAGAGGCGCCUGUGCAUAGCCGUGGCCAUUGUGUCCAAGCCAAAGGUGGUCAUACUAGACGAGCCCACGGCCAACAUGGAUCCGGAAGGCCGUCGUGAGAUGUGGGAACUGCUCCUCAAGAUACGCCGGAACUGUUCCAUCUUCCUCACGACGCAGCAUCUAGACGAAGCGGACGUGCUGGGUGACCGGAUCAUCAUCUUGGCGAGUGGUCAUAUCCGCUGUGCGGGCUCACCCGCAUUUCUGAAACAUCGCUUCGGCACGGGCUACCACAUUAUCAUCAACAAAGUGCCGGAAGGCUGUGACGUCACGUCCAUUGAGACUCUUCUCCGCAAGUACGCGCCCAAAGCCAGGCUGGAGAGCAACUCGUACAACGAGGCCGUCUUCAUCCUGGGACAGAUUGUCUCCACACGUCUCACCGUCACCAUGUUCAAGGACUUGGAACAGCGCAGCCAGGAACUUGGCAUCGACACUAUCGGCGUCAGGGUGACCUCAGCUUGAAGACGUGCUCGUCCAGGUCGGUGAAGAACAUCACGAUGUGAGGCAACUUGAGAUCGGAGAGCAGCACGCCUCCGGGAUUGAAGUCAAGGAUGAGCUAGUGAAGGUCAUGGCCACCACAGUGUCCGAGAGUCCGGGCCUGCUGACACAAGCGUGGGCCGUCCUGGCCAAGCGUGCCACGUGCAUCUGGCGCGAAAAGAAGCAGUCGCUCUUGAGCUGGCUGCUGCCUCCGCUGCUACUGAGUGUGCUCUUCGAGUUUGAGUACUUGGCGCUACGCCGCAGCAACUGGGACGUCGAGCGGGUGGCCAACACGCUCGUCCUUCACGUUCCCCGACGUCGUGCACUUUGCAC